UUUUCGUUCGGUUAGCUUUUGUUUUGGUUUUCUAUAAACAUUCCGAUAAAGUUCCAAAGUUUCACUGGUUUUUGUCGUUUAAAAGUGAAUUGGACGCUCCGAGCGAUGCCUUUUCGAAAUAGUAAUCGUUCGGCUGCGCUCAAGCGUAAAAACCUUAGCCAGGCACUGCAGCACCGUUGGACUAAGAAAAGAGACGAACAGUUUGCCAGGAAUGACCUGUCGAAGAAGACAUCCCCCGAUUACAGCAAUCCGAUGCGCCGAUCGUCCUCGGAUGAGUUCGACGUGAAACCGGUAUUUUCGCUGGAUUUUGAACCGAGAAGUACGACACCGGGUUCUGUGCCGGCUACACCGUCACCGGGGACGUCCAUCACGGAAAAGCCGGUUCAGGCGAAGCGUAAUUACCUUCUGCCCAACCCAAGCGUGCCAACAAAAAAGCGCAAGAAACUGUCGAUGUCCGAGCGCAUACUGGUAAUCGUGAAGCAAACGGAACGUGGAACCAGAUGUGAUGCAGCGGAUAACUGCAACUACACCCAAGCACCCGGUCUGUUCCGACCGGGUAACUUCUUCCGACACGUCCGAGCCAACCACCCGGAGGUGUACAACAAGCUGCUGGUCGACGAUGAAACGUCCGAGGGUCGACCGGAGUUCUGCACGCGCAAAACACCGAACCGUCGCCCGCCGAACAAUAUCGGCGAGACGGCAACGGUUCGCUUCGGCAAGUUUCGAUUCCUGUGCGGUCUGAUCAAACUUAUCACCAACCACAAUCUGCCGUUCGAGUGCGUCACCUGGGACGGCAUGCAGGAUCUGAUCGGGUUGCAGUGUGAAGCGUUCAAAAUGACAAUCUCACCGGACACACUGCAGGACUAUGUCGGGCUGAUCUCGGAACGGAUGCAGACAGUGAUGGUGGAGGAGCUUUGCGGUCGGUUUAUUGCGCUCCAGCUGAAUGUGAAAAUUGAACAGAACGGUCAGAGUGCCGUUUGCGUCAAGUGUCAGUACAUACGAAACUGUCAGUUCUCGAAACGCAUGCUUGGAAUGAUCCACUUGCCGCAGGGUAGUACCUCCAACGAUUUGGCGGAAAAAGUCGAAAAAAUCAAAUCAAAAUUCAAUCUGGAACAGUGGCAAAUCUACACCGUCGCCAUUGACUACGAUCCGAUCGAUUUCGGUGGUGUUGAGUUCGGAGUGGCUGAAUCGUUGCAGCUGGAGGAAACCCCGGACAACUCGGUGCACAGUAUAUUCGAUCAGUACGCUGCCUCGCUGGAGGAUGUUUCGGUGCUUCCGUGUGGUCGGCAAAUGCUUAGCCUAGUGGCAACCAGUGCCACCAAGGACUUUGCGGAUACCAUCGGCGAGCUGGUCGAUAUGGUGAAACGUUUCCAGAAUCCAGAAUAUGACGUAUUUUUUCAGAUGAAUGAAGUGAAUUAUCCGCCAGUUCCGGAUAAGAACCACUACGGUUUUGGAGUGUACUUCAUGAUGAAAGCCAUGAAAGAAGGUCGACCGGUAUUGGAGCAACUGACGGCAGACUACCCCGAGUUUGCUCUGUACAUGCACUGGGAUUUUAUUGAAGAGUACACAAGCGCAUACGAACCGCUUUACGACUGCGCCAUCCGUUCAACUAACUGCAGUUUGAGUGAGUUUCAUCUCCAGUGGUUGCUCGCUUUUGGAAGAAUUCGCUCGCUGAGAGUGAAUCGCUUUGCAAAACAUCUACUGGAGGCAAUGGAACAUCAACAGAAGGAGCUGGAAAAAGCAGCUCCCUACCGGGCAGCCCUAUAUCUCGAUCCGAGGCUUAACUUUCGAGGGUCGAAACUGUUCAGCGUAACAGAGAAAGAGAAGAUAAUUGCAUUCCUUAUGUCAAUCUACAACAUGUCGGAAAACACCCCGGCGGACACAAAGGCGACCCCCACGCCGUCGACGGAAGGUUCUUCAUCUGCAUCAACCUUCAGCAUGAACGCCUACCUGACGGAGAUGCUGGGCGAGGGUUCAUCCGAUACCUCGAUGGAGCAGGUCAUCCGCGAGAUUCAGCACCAGGAACGGUGGGAUGCUGACGAUCAGGAGUUUGACAUCAUCAAAUACUGGCUGCAGAAGAAAAUGCACGACGCACGGUUGUGGCCGUUGGCGGUUGCGGUUUUUGCCCCGGCGGCCACGCAUUGCGCCAGCGAGGAAGAUUUUACCCACAUUGGUAGUAGCUUCAACACGACGGAUGCUUCCCUCAGCGAUGAGGUCCUGUGUGUGAAGUACAAUUCGGGUUUGAUGGAACGAGCCGUGCGGGAGGAGUUCUGCGAGGGCAAACACUGUCAGUCGGAGAGCGAGCAUGAGUGAGCUGCAUUUUCACUGAGCUUGUGUUCAGCGGGCAGGCUGUGACAGGUUCAUUAAAUAAAAGUAUUUUAUCUAUUGACUAGAUGUAACUA